CCGAGGCAGCGCGUGCCGAACGCGUAUAGUUUUCCAAAUUAGUUUUUGCAUUAUUUAAUUGCUUAUUUGUCGUAGCUUGCCGUUUCUCUAUACAAACGAGAUUAAGGGAAUCUUAUCAGUGUGUUAUCACCCCCGCCGACUGCGUAUAAGAUAACUGCCGGCCGCCGGAGUUCCAGUCAGUUUUCCUUUGGACUUUAAUGCGAACGGAUAAAAUUAUGGCGCCUUCCCGGAGCACGUGGCUGGGCUGCAGUUUUGGCGGCCUUUUGGUGGCCCUCUUGGCCCUGCAGUCGAUGCCCCAAGGCAGCGAAGGAUCGAAUAUCCUGGGCGUCUUCACCAGUCACAGCCCCUCGCACUUCAUUGUGCACAUGUCCAUCAUGAAGUCUCUGGCAGAAAAGGGCCACAACAUAACCGUCGUUUCCAGCAUGUCGCCAAAGGUGACCCACAAGAGCAUCAAGCAUAUCGUGAUUCCCAUGAGUGCCGAGGAUGAGAAAGUCUUGAACGAAGGCAUGGCAGGGAUGGUGAAGGAGAAGCCAUCGAUUUGGACCACUAUGAAGUCAAUCUUCAGCUCGCUGUCCCUGCUGAUUGACAAGCAGGUGGACGUCCUGGAGGAUCGCCGCUUCCAGGAGCUCUACCUCAACAAGGGCAACAAGUUCGAUGUGGUAUUCGUCGGCUUCUUCUUCAACACUUACCAGGUGGCCCUGGGUGCCAGGUUUAACUGCCCCGUAAUUGUUUCCUGGUCUGGCCCACCCAUGAUGAUGGUUAACGAAGUGCUUGGCAACCCCGAACUGUUCAGCGUACCACAAAUGCAAAUCGCCGUGGCGCCAGGAAAAGCCAUGAACUUCCAGCAGAGGGCCCAGAAUUUCGUCAGCAGUCUUAGCUUCGGUGCACUGAAUGUCUAUCUGAACACCAAAUACCAAAAGUUCUACAAUCGCCUUUGGGGCAAGGACAAAUCAAUGCCCAGCUUUGAGCAGGCAAAGAAGAACGUCUCCCUGGCUUUCUGCAAUGGUCAUGCCAUCAGUGAAGGUCCCAUCCGUCCAAAUGUGCCGGGUAUAAUCGAGAUUGGUGGCAUCCAAGUGAAGAACAAGCCCGAUCCACUGCCUGAGGACAUCAAGGAGUUCCUGGAGAACGCUAAGAAUGGAGCAAUUCUCUUCAGUUUGGGUUCAAAUCUAAAGGCAGAACACUUUAAAUCCGAUGUGGUGACCAAUGUAUUCAAGGGCUUGAGCGGCCUGAAGCAGAAGGUGAUCUGGAAGUGGGAUGAUCUCGACAAUAUCCCCGGCAAGGCAUCGAAUAUUCUCUACAAAAAGUGGUUGCCCCAGGACGAUAUCCUAGCACAUCCCAAUAUAAAGUUGUUCAUCACCCAUGCCGGAAAGGGAGGAGUUGCUGAGGCCCAGUACCAUGGAGUCCCCAUGUUGGCCCUGCCCGUCUUCGCCGAUCAGCCAGGAAACGCCGAUAAACUGGUAGAGAGUGGCUAUGGCCUCCGACUAGAACUGAACUCUCUGGAUGUCACCGAAUUUAAGGAAGCCAUCAAAGAGAUCAUUGGUAAUCCCAAGUACGCCCAGAAGCUGAAGAGCUUCUCGCAGCUGUAUCGCGAUCGUCCCCUUACUGCACAGGAAUCGGUGGUCUACUGGACGGAGUACGUGAUCCGUCAUCAUGGAGCUGCUCAUAUGCAGAGUCCUUUGGUGCACAUGAGCUUCGUUGCCAGCAAUAAUCUGGACAUUUGCAUUAUCACUGCCUUACUGCUCUAUGUGAUCUUCAUCAUCAACAAGAUCUUUUGGAAAUUUGUAUGGCGCAAGUUGUUUGGCAAAUCGAACAAAGCUUCUCCGAAGAAGAAGGUGAAGAAGCAGUAGACUUUUAUAGAUUAAAGCGAAUUGUAAUAUUUAGAAACGAAUUGAACAAGGUACUCGAUAAUGAUAAACAAAAUGACAAACUAAUAAUGUACACGAUCCGAUAAAAAUAAUAAAAAUGUAAAAAUUGUAA